AUGUACUCCUAUUUCAAGUUGCCAAAGAUCGGCUUCAUAGGAGCCGGUAAACUGGCUGAAGUUCUGACGAAAGGGUUCAUAGCUGCCGGGGUGCUUGAAAUAAACCAAGUCUGGGCAAGCGCGCCAACUGAAAAAGAUACCUACUGGAUAAGGCAUCUCGGCUGUAAUGUUACUCACAGUAAUAAAGAACUAGUAAAGGACCACAACGUAAUAGUGCUGGCCGUGAAGCCGCAGAUCAUGCCGAAAGUACUGAGAGAAAUCGCUCCAGAAAUCACGAAAGAUCAUUUGCUGUUAUCAUUUGCUGCUGGUAUGAAGCUUAGGACCAUCCAGUAUUUGUUGCCACCGAAGACGAGAGUUGCAAGGCUUAUGACGAAUACACCCGUCCAGUUUAGAGAAGGAGUUAGCUCAUACACUCCAGGUUCUUACUGUACACAACAAGAUGUUGAUUUGAUAAACAAACUGCUGAACUCAGUUGGCUACUGUGUAAAAGUCAAGGAAGACCUGGUAGAUUUGAUAACAGGUUUUGCUGGUGGCGGACCGGCCUAUAUUUACACCGUCAUUGAUGCGUUGGCAAACGGAGCGGUGCAGGGUGGUAUGAACCGUGAUGAGGCCUUACAGAUGGCGGCAAAAGUUGUGCUUGGCGCAGCCAGAAUGGUACAAGAGACGAAACAACACCCUGGAGAACUAAGGGAUGCCGUGUGCUCAGGAGGGGGCAGCACCAUAUUUGGUAUACACGCACUUGAAAAGGGUGGGCUGAGGCCUGCAAUCAUAGACGCUAUAAUGUCAGCAACAGAGAGAUCAAAAGAUCUAGGAGAUGCUAUAAAUGAGACUAGCUUGAGUAACAGGAAUGGUGCAGCAUAA